UUUAACUUUUAACUGUCUUCCAUAACUUCCCAUUUUCUUCUCCACCACUCUCUCUCUCUCGCUCGCUCGCAUAUAUAUACGUCACUUUUUCUCUGAUCUCAUAACACUGUUCCGAGAGUGAGGAGUAGAAUACCUUAUUACCGGUUUAAUCAAACCGGUUCAGUUUCCAAAUGGAUAAUCUACUCUGCGAAGAAUCUUGGCCCGCGAGUCCUUUAACCCCGGAGCCUUUACCAAACUUCCGUCACCGUUCUCACGACAAUGACGUCGUGAAGAUGUAUCCAGAGAUAGACGCAGCGACGAUGGAGGAAGCCAUUGCUAUGGACUUAGAGAAAGAAUUAUGUUUUAACAAUCAUGGAGACAAGUUUGUUGAGUUUUUCGUCUCAAAGAAGUUAACCGAUUAUAGGUUCCAUGCGUUUCAAUGGCUAAUCCAGACUCGGAGUCGGCUAAAUCUUUCAUAUGAAACGGUAUUUUCCGCCGCUAAUUGUUUUGAUCGGUUCGUCUACAUGACUUGCUGUGACGAAUGGACGAAUUGGAUGGUGGAACUAGUUGCGGUAACUUCAUUAUCGAUCGCAUCAAAGUUCAAUGAAGUUACCACUCCAUUACUCGAAGAACUUGAAAUGGAAGGUUUAACUCAUAUGUUUCACGUUAAUACAGUUGCUCAGAUGGAACUCAUAAUUUUGAAAGCUCUCGAAUGGCGUGUGAACGCGGUUACGAGUUAUACUUUUUCGCAAACCCUUGUGUCGAAGAUCGGUAUGGUUGGGGAUCAUAUGAUCAUGAAUCGAAUUACAAAUCAUCUGCUUGAUGUUAUAUGCGAUUUAAAAAUGCUUCAAUACCCACCAAGCGUUGUGGCCACUGCUGCUAUAUGGAUUCUCAUGGAAGACAAGGUGUGUCGAGAAAGUAUCAUGAAUCUCUUUGAACAAAAUCAUAAGGAAAAAAUCGUGAAAUGUGUUGAUGGGAUGAAAAAUCGAGACAUUGAUCAUCAGUCGUCGAGAAGAAGAUACAGUGAAGGGAGGAGUAUUCUGAGUCUGUUGCAGCGAGGCGAUGUGAUGAAUAUGAAUGGGGAUUAUAACGUUGAAGAUCUCUCUAAAAUCUUUCAGAUUUUCCGAUACGAAAAGAAGAAGAGGGAUAGAGGAAACCACCAAGACAACAUUCGUCCGGCAAAAAGAAUGACAAUUGAAAUGUCAAAUUACAUUUAGCAUUUUAUGAAAGAAGCCUACAAAGAGAGAAAUGUUUGUUUGUUUUUUAAUUGUUUUUACACAUACCUUGACUCAAUUGUAAUAUAUACUACAGAAUAAUGUAUUGAUUAAUA